AUGGCCAUGGCCAGGUCUUGCGACCUCGUCCUGCUUGCUCUUCUUGCUGCAGCAAUGGCGGCGUCUCUGCCUCUGGCCCUCGCCUACGACCCGAGCCCUCUCCAGGACUUCUGCGUCGCCGACGCCGCUUCCGAUGUGUUCGUGAACGGGGCGGCGUGCAAGGACCCGGCGCGCGUGUCGGCCGGCGACUUCGCCUUCUCGGGCCUCGACGCCCCCGGCGACACGGCGAACCCGUUCGGCUCCAAGGUGACCCCGGUGGACGCGCGCGCGGUGCCGGGGCUCAACUCGCUGGGCGUCGCCAUGGCGCGCCUCGACCUGGCCCCGGGCGGGCUCAACCCGCCGCACACGCACCCGCGCGCCUCCGAGGUGCUCACCGUCGUCGAGGGCCAGAUGCACGCCGGGUUCCUUGCCGCCGACGGGACGCUCUUCGCCCGGGUGCUGUCCGCGGGCGACGCCUUCGUGUUCCCCAGGGGGCUCGUGCACUUCGAGUUCAACUUCGGCGCGGGCCCGGCCGUGGGGAUCGCCGGCCUCAGCAGCCAGAACCCGGGGCUCGUCCGCGUCGCCGACUCGCUCUUCGGCGCCACCCCGGGCGUCACCGACGACGUGCUCGCCAAGGCGUUCAGGAUCGACGCCGCCACCGUGCAGAGGAUCAAGGCGCAGUUCGCCACUAAGAAGUAA